AUGACCUCAAUCCCACAGCCUAUUCUCCAAGCCCUAUCACUCCCCAAUUCAUCAAAGGUCAAGCUCUCCGGUCUAGGCUCAGGCUUCACAAGUACAGGCGCAAUCCACGCCCAAGUCCUGGGAAAAGAUGGCCAAGAAGAGGAGCGCCGCUACUUUGUGAAAACAUCCACGAAUGGCAAGGCCGCAGAAGAAAUGUUCCAAGGAGAAUCCGAGUCCCUUAACGCAAUCGCGAACUCUGUCCCAGGAUUCUGCCCACGAGCUCUUGCCUGCGGACCACUAGACAAAGAAGCCACGGAUUCCAAAGGCUACUUUCUCAUCACCGAGUUCCUUGAUCUGAAGGGCUCCAUGGGUCGCAGCAAGGGCGAUGAAAGUAUACCCACCACUCUGGCCCACCGAUUGGGCCAGCUCCAUACCACCCCAGCACCAGCAGAUCCAGAAACUGGCCGGCGCAGAUUUGGAUUUCCUGUGCCGACUUUCUGUGGCGAUACCAAGCAGCCGAACCGCUUCCGUGAUAGCUGGGCUGACUUCUAUGCGAAUGAGCGACUUCUCACGAUUCUGGCUACAUCUGAAGAACGCAAUGGGAAAGACGAGGGUCUUCGCGACGCUGUUGAGAAAGUGGCUUAUAAGGUUGUGCCACGUCUUCUAGGAGAUGAUCAUUUAGGAUUUAAUGUCGACGGUGAAGGGGAACGAGUUUUCCCUGUUGUUAUCCAUGGAGAUUUGUGGAGUGGGAAUGCGGAUCGAGGUCGAAUUGUUGGCACUGGCCGAGAUGAGACGCCUGGUGAUGUUGUUUAUGAUUCUUCAGCUUGCUAUGGACAUAGUGAGUUUGAACUUGGGAUUAUGCAUAUGUUUGGUGGGUUUGGACCGCGGUUCUUUGAGCAGUAUCAUCGUAUUGUACCGAAGACUGAGCCUGUUGCCGAGUAUGGCGAUCGAGUUGAGUUGUAUGAAUUGUAUCAUCACCUGAACCAUCAUGCUAUUUUUGGUGGAGGAUAUCGCUCUGGUGCUAUGUCGAUUAUGCAGAAGUUGAUCAAGAAGUAUGGGAAGGACUGA